UUAUUUGCUGAGUUUCCACAAUACAAGACGAUUUGGCCACAAUUUCGCGAGAUUCCAGACAGCGCCCUCAUUUCUUCAGAUAAAUUGAAAAAUCAUGCCACGGUGUAUAUGGCAGGCCUAAAGGAAAUCGUGGACGUCAUGGACGACAACGAAAAGCUGAUCGUGGCAACUCGACGAAUCGCCGCCAGUCACUGUAAAUGGAGCAUCUGCAAAUUUCACAUCCAGCACAUGGUGCCCGGUCUACUGGAGGUGUUGAACAUCUGCAUGGGUGGUCAGAUAACUCCAGAGAUAUCACGUGCAUGGGAGACGCUCUACGACAUCAUCGGAAAUAUGAUUGGUCUUCAAAAGGGUGUAAGAAGGCCGGACAUC